AUGAGCGAGCGGGUGUGUGGCGAGGACGGGCGGCUCGUUCCGGCGCGGCAGGCGCCCUGUCGCGAGUCCCUCGAUCCCGCCUCUGCUCCCCUUUCAUCAACGCCCCCUCCAGCACCUCAAGCAGGCCUCAAGAGCUCUGAACCUCCCGCCUCAAGCUUUGUGCCAGAGCACCUGCCCGGCGAGAGGCGGCAGAAGAAGCUCGAAGGGUCCAAGCUGUGGUCGCCCACCGCCUGGACUCGGCCCCGCAUGGGGCACCGCCACUCGCACUCACUGCCCUGCUCGAGCUCCCAGCCAACACCGUUUCACGCCAGCCUCGCCGUCUCACUCCCUCUCGAACUCGACGAUGGCACUGACAACGAAGAAGGUCCGCCGGAGGCGCCCAAGGCGGAGCUGGCGGACGAUGAACUGCGACACCUGUUGGGCAAAGGCUCCUAUCCGGUCUUCCUCGAUCUCAGUGGCAAAGAAUACGCACUUACCGCCGACUCUUUCCUCCUUCUGUGCCCCGAUAUCAUCAAAGAGCUGGACCUGAGCAACAACAAGCUGGAGUACCUGGACAAUCUAGCGCACAUGUCCCGGCUCAAGCGGCUGCGUGCGAACAACAACUGCCUGUACAGCGCCGGCCUCAUCCAGCUUUCCUCGCUCGUCCUUCUCUCCCUGGCCCACAACCGCAUGGAGAUGCUUUGUGGCAUGGAGUACCUCCACAACUUGGUCAACCUCAACCUCAGCGACAACCUCAUCAGUGGCGGAUUCUCCGAGUUGGGCAAGCUGAAAGCCCUGCAGGUGCUCAACCUGAGCUACAACAACAUCGCGCUCACCUUCAACAAGUUUCACCACAAGAUCCUGCGGCACCUGCAGAGCCUGCCGAAGCUGCGCUAUCUCUAUUUCAACGGCAACCCCGUGCAGCAGAGCAUCUUCAAGUACCGCUUCUUCGUCAUCUCCCAACUGCCCAAACUACACUUUCUGGACGGCGACCCCGUGACGAAAGAGGAACGCAAGAAAGCCAAGAAGUUGGAUGAAAAGCUGUGGCACAUCGACCUGGUGGUGCCCAAGCAGGCGGCCGCCGAGCAGUCCGUCCCUAAGAAGGCUGACCAGCGCGUGGAGCAGCGGCCGUGCUUCAUCGAAGGCGAUCCGGCGCGUAUGGCGCGCAUCAAUGAGUACCGAAUGCUGGAGUUGGGAUCGGACGCAGGGCAGCAGCCGCUGGUCAUCAGCGUUACGGCGCUGAUCGCAGCGACACCGGUCGUAGCGGGUGCGGAGCCCACCAAGAAGGCCAGCAAGGGCUACAAGGAGUGGAAGGAGCGGGACAAGCGGGUGAAGGCCAGCAAGCGCAAGACGUGGGACUCGGCGCGCUUGAGUGGACUCGGCCGCGAUUCACCGCUGGCAGCGCGACCGCCGCCCGCUGUCAUCGCCCAGCCGGAACCCGAACACCACGAGAAGAGCGAAGGUGACGGCAAAGACGGCGGCGAUGAAAGAGCGAAGAAGAAUGAGAGAGUCGGCCCGGCAGGCCUGCCGGUGAUUGUAGAGCCGUCGACGGACUACCAGCGCCUCAUCAAGCCGAGGCGCGAGUCGGUCCACUUCGAUGAGCUGGAGAAGCUGCUGGAGGAGAGUUUCGCGCCCGCCAAGACCUCCGCCCGACGGGCUCUGCGCUCUCCUCGCAUGACCUUUCCCGGCCUUGCCCCUGGGGGCACCACGGCCACCACAGCAGCGGCCAUCGAGGGCGACGCGCCCAAGCGGAAAGUGGUCGGGAGCAGGGAGGUGCUCGACCGCAUGCUCGACGACCUCCUCUCGGCCGCCGUGCCCACGGUCGCCGCCACGGCCCCAUUCACGGUUGAGGAGGCCACCAGCCCCGGCGAGACCGCCUCGGCAGCAGCUGCUGCGGGACCCCCUGCGACAACUCUGCCGGCACCGCCAGCACAGACGCCAGGGGCGGCCACGCUCUUCGUCUUCUUCGUGGUCGUGUUGCUGUGGUGGGUGAACUGCUGGGUGUAA